GGGCAGGUGGAGGAGAUCAACACCAAGGAGGUGGCUCAGCGGAUCACGGCCGAACUGAAGCGGUACAGCAUCCCGCAAGCUAUCUUCGCGCAGAGGAUCCUGUGCCGAUCCCAGGGGACCCUCUCGGACCUGCUGCGGAACCCCAAGCCCUGGAGCAAGCUCAAGUCGGGCCGGGAGACUUUCCGCAGGAUGUGGAAAUGGCUGCAGGAGCCGGAAUUCCAGCGGAUGUCGGCGCUC